AAACCGGAAGCUACUGCUAGGCACUUCCUUACUGCUCUGCUUUUUCCUAAAUAGGACAUAUUUUGGGUGUCGACAAUCAUGGCAGCAAAAGCGAAAAAGUUUAUAGAGGAGUGUAAAGAUACCAAAAACAAUGAAAUGGAAAUUGUUGAUAAGGGCAUUAAUACCUUGGAAAUUCCAGGACUGUAUGAUUUAAAGCAUUUAACAAGACUUACAAUGCCACACAAUAAGAUAACAGUGGUACCUGAUAUUAUAUCUGAACUUGUGAACUUGGAGCAUUUGAAUCUCUUCAAUAAUCACAUCAAGGAGUUAUCUACGUCUAUCAGCUCUUUAAUGAAGUUGAAGUUGUUGAAUUUAGGAAUGAACAAACUGUCAGUAUUACCAAGAGGUUUUGGUGCCUUUCCUGUGUUAGAAGUUUUAGACAUAACUUACAACAACCUGAAUGAGAAGUCUUUGCCAGGAAAUUUCUUUUGCCUUAAUACUUUGAGAGCUCUCUACAUGGGUGAUAAUGACUUUGAAAACAUGCCAGAAGAAAUUGGCAAAUUGAAGAGCAUUCAAAUUUUGGUUUUAAGGGACAAUGAUCUGAUUUCUCUACCAAAAGAGAUUGGUGAGAUGCCAAGAUUGAGGGAGUUACAUGUCCAGGGAAAUAGACUGACAGUAUUGCCACCUGAAAUUGGGCAUUUAGAUCUGGUUGGAUCAAAGCAAGUAUUCCGAGGAGAAAAUAACCCAUGGGUAACACCAAUAGCUGAACAGUACCAGCUUGGUGUGUCACAUGUGUUUGAUUACAUCAGAUCUGAUACAUACAGAUAUUUGUAUGGAAGACACAUAGCAGCUGAUGCAGCACCUCCAGCAAAGACAGCUGAUAAAUCGAAGAAAAUAAGUCGUUCAGCUUAGAUGUACAUAGAAAUAUAAAUUAAAAUACUCACACUGCCAUUUAGUCAUUCUACGGUAUCUAAAUAUGGUGAACAGAUAGACAUACUAUUACACUGUGUUUAAAUGUUAAUCUGUAGCAUUAACCUUAAGUUUUAAAUACCUUGGUCAUACUUCUAACAAAUGUAUGAAAAAAAGUGUAGUGGACUAGGUUUCAUUGUUCCUAUGCAGGACUAUGUAGUUUAUUUGUUAAUUUAUAUAAAUGAACUACUUGACCAAGUAUGAAUGCUCUUUAUAUGAUGGGUUUUUUAGAACCUUACUUUGAUUGUUUGUAUAAGGGCAGUCAUAAAUAAGAGAGAAAAAAAUAACUGAAAACAAUAAAAUAUUUUACAGAAAUUAGUCUACAGAGACAAUAUCAUUAGUAGAUAAGCAUAUAAGUUUUUUUCCUAGGAAAGGACCAGCAGCAGGUGUUAAAAUGCCCAAAUAUUAAGG